AUGGAGACCAUCAGCAGACUGACACAGCUGUAUUCUGACACCAAGACGUCCUGCGAUGCCGUCGUCGAGCAGGACACAAAGGACAUGCAACCCGAAACAAAUGACCUUCACCGGAAGUUCCGGAUACAGAAGGACCGCCUGAUUACGUGGGGCGUGGACUGGAGCGACAACUCCAAGGGAAAGCAGGGAGACAUCGACGCGAGCGUGGACCAGGCAGGCCUCACAGAGACAGUAACAAGUGUGCUUGGGACCAUCAGGGAGAUAUCAGAUGAGGCUGAAAGGUUGCGGACUGGGGCGCCCGUGGGAAAGUCGCUGUCAGGAGAGAAGAGGAAGGCUGCAUCUGAUGCGCCCUCGUGGGCGGCCGCCGACAGGUCACGUUACGAGGACUUGAUCAAGGACCUGACCACUUCCAUCGACAUCCUCUACGACCUCUCAAGAACACGACGGACACAGCGCAUAGCUUCGCGCAACCCAAGCCCACACUCCAAAGCUGGCCUCGAAACACCGCGACCUGCACAAUCGACGCCCGUAUAUUCCUCGGCAGCCUACAGUGCCUCAGAUUUGACCUUGGUCAACCCUGCAACCUUCCCACUCAAUGCACACACAAACUUCGCCGCUCGAUCGAACCUGCCUCCGAAGCUGGACCAGUCAGAUCUGAUCCUACCCGAAGAAGAGCCUCCGCCAUAUGAGAGCGUUGGCGCAUCUUCCAAUCCGAGAGUACCUCCACCUACUGACCGUCUUGAGCGCCUGCUCUCCAUCCUCACCAAACUUGCCGGCAACCAGAACUUUCAUGGCACUUUGAGGUGUCUCGGCUACUUCGAAGACACUCAGCAACCGCGCUUUGGUCUUGUAUUUGAGCUGCCGACCUCUGUGUAUUCUGGCCCCACUGACCUUCACAAGUCGGUCGAAGAGCUGCGGCCAGUCACACUGCUUAGCGUGCUCCAAACCGGGUCAAAGUCGUCGCACAAUUCCAACAGUGCCACCCCGCCGCUCGAGGAUCGCUUCCGUCUCGCCUUCACGCUCGCUCUGACCUUUAGCAAAAUACAUGGCGACAACUUUGUCCACAAAGAUAUCAACAGCAGCAACAUUGUCGUCUUUCGCAAGUCGAAGCGUCAGUCUGCCAACACUAGAGCCUUGCAAUACACACUUCGAUCUCCAGUGAUCUGCUCGUUCGACCUCUUCUCAGAGUACGACAUCGAGCCGUCCAACACAAUGCCGAAGCUCAACAUCUACCGCCACCCAGACGACCCAAAAUUCACUGGUGUCAAGGAUGCGCCUUACGGUCCUCACUUCGACAUGUACAGCCUUGGCUUGAUCUUGCUCGAAAUUGGACUGUGGCAGCCCCUGGGCGAUUUGUGGAAGCCAAAGUACACCUUGAACGACUUCAAGCGCCGGAUAGAAGAUGUCUACAUUCGUAAGCUUGCGUCCAAAUGUGGCACUGCAUACAUGCAAGUCGUGCGUGAUUGCUUCUGGGCAGCCGACAAUGCCGAAGGUCUGCAGGACCCUUCGCAGCUCUACAACCGUGUCAUCCUCCGACUACAGCGAUGCUGCAUGCUCGAUGAGUCGGAAUCCGGGUUCGACUUGAAUGAGCUCAGGCCAGGCGUCACACCUAUUCAGAGCGCGUCACCACUCAAGCGCAAGAGCGUCAGUCAACCGCAGAACAUAAAUGAGACACCCUCAAGUCCAUCAUAUAGAAGUGCAAAGCGAUGGGCCAUGGAGAAGAGUUCGCAAGCUCUGGAGCGAACUAAGUCUUUGUCGAGAUCAUCGCCCAAGCAGUCUCAAGAAACUUUGUCCCGAGUGUCUUCACAACGCUCACAGCACUCCAUCCGCAAGAGUAUCUCCGAAAGUUUGCGUAUGAUGAGUCCGAAACAGGAAGAAUGGGAAGACCGAGACCCCAUGGAAGAAUCAGGCACUCUUGUCGAUACACCACCCAACUCGCAAGACCGUGGCGAUGUAGCACCUCUAUCGAAUCAGCAAAUCAUCACUGCUGCAGCAACCAUUCAGCGUGCAUGGCGAGCAUCACGUGCUGACUCAUCCUUGCGGGAGGCAACGCUCAAAGGAUACAAAGAAAAGAUCACCGUCAUCCAGAAGGCUUGGCGAGACAGCAAACAGAAGCGGUCAAACACCAUCGAAGCGCUGCUUACCGACGGUAUUCGUCACUGGCCGCAAGCCACGCUAGGCUAUCCGACACCAGAGCCAGAGGUCCGCACUUACGAGCCAAGCAACAACUUUACCACGUCGUCUAUCCAUAUCGAGACUGAUAUGGAGCCUGUCGCUCGUCCCAAGCUACGCCUCUUCCCUGCAACCUUUGCGCCUGAUUUGGUUGAAACUUGGCACACGGCAAUGUUGCCUCGACUUGAGCGCCUCAUUGAGCGCGUACUCAAGGACUCCGACGAGACGAUCAGUAUCGACCUCGUUGCCAUUGGCGACAUGCAAGAAAAGGCCAGACCCACCAUUUUCGUCACUUGCAGCAGUGUCGCAAAGGUGAAGGCCAUCCUCGCCCGUCGGUUCCGCUACGAUGAGAACAAAUUUGAUCUCAAGGUGCGCCGUGGUAAGCUUCGACGUUCAAAGAUGAGUCGAUCUUCUCGGAGGGUGCAUCCUCCGCAUCGCUCAAUGAUGAACACCGACAACUACAAUGCCGACAUGGCUGUCAUCAAUCCCUACCAUCAACAGCGCCCACUUUGUGGAGCAUCUAUUGGUGCUUUCAACGGUGAGCAUCUCCCACCAGUCUCUUACGGUGGAGUAAUCCUGGUCGAUGACGAGCCAGUUGGCAUGACCGUGCAUCACUUGCUAGAUGCUCCAUCUGACGAUGAGAGCGAGGCUGGCGAUGAAUAUUCAGCCUACCCAAAAGAUCCGGUCUUGUCAAGCGCAAGUGGCAAUAGCAAUCCGUGGUUGAUGGGCAUGGGUGCUCAACCAGAUCUUGAACUUGAUUCUGAAGAGCCUGCAGCAAUGUGGGAUCUGGAGCUUUCGGACGAUGAGGAUAUGAAGAGUGAUGACGGGGAUGACGCAGAGUCAUUCGACCUCUCCGACUCAGAGUUCGACUCGGAUGAGGAAAGCGUACCCGAGCUCAUGAGCGACUCUACAUUCUCGCGCGUUACAACCGGAGACAUCGAAGGCAUCCAGCCCGGCUCAAGACAAGACAUCAAAAUCACACAGCCAGCAAUAGAUGAUGUAGACGAAGACUUCUUCCCCAACGAAGAAGAUCGCGACGAAGAGCACCUCCUUUCCCACGAGCUCGGCCACGUGCACGCUUCAUCUGGCAUAAGACGCUGGAAGCGCGCUGGCAUCGUCCACGAAAUCGACUGGGCCCUUCUCAAGCUCAACGAAACCCGCAUCCAACCCUACAAUAUAUGCCAAGGAGGCCGCCGCUUCUGCUUUGGCGGCAUGAAGCCCGACCAGCAAGCAAUCGCCUCAAAACUCUCACAACCCGUCGACCGCCGGCACUACACCCCCGACGAAGACGAGUACCCCAACGGCGUCGCCAACGCUGACAACCUCGGCGGCAUGAACGUGCACUGCUUCGGGCGCACCACGGGCCUGCAAGGCGGCAUGAUCAACCCAGCCAUGUCCUCGGUGCGCAUCUACCGCCGCAAGACCUUCUCGCGCAGCUGGUCCGUCGCGGGCGGCUUCGGCGUCGGCGGCGACUCUGGCGCCUGGAUUGUGCAGAACGGCACUCACCAGGUCGUCGGCCACGUCCUAGCCUGGUGCCAGCGCAACCACAUCGCAUACCUUUGCCCGAUGGAAGUCCUCCUCGAAGACAUCAAACGCACGCUUGGCGCGAAACGUAUAUAUCUGCCUGGCUCCGCGCAGCAGUCGCUUUAUGCUACCAAAUCCCGCAAGGUUUCCGUGAAAGCGGGCGAGCACUCGGGUGCGAGCACCGAGGUCGAUGAUAUUGAGAUUGGUGUACAGGGUCUCGGGAUUGUGGACUCGGCGGUGGAUAUGCGCUCGACGCUUGGGACGGGGCCGCCGAGUGGAGGCGUGUGGAUGCACAACGGGCGGAUUAAUUUUCCGAGCGCGGAGAGUGAUAAGGAGAAUGGUGGGGCGAUGAGGAGUCGGAUUAUGAAGGUUAAGGAGGGGAGGGGAGGCGGGUUGGAGAUGGCGGUUGUGCCGUAG